AUGUUAUCACCAAUUUUAAGAAAGAGUAGUAAUACAGUUGUAUUAUCACCGCAAUUAAGAUCUAUCUCGACAAGAUCAUUUUCGUCAAGCUUUAGCAUUGGUGGUGGUGGCAUAAAGAGCAGUAAUAAAACACUCAACCAUAAGAGUAGCACUACCAGUUUCUUUACAUCCUCAGAUAACUGUAGAAAACCAAAUGUUAAUAGCAAUUACUUUUCUUCACAACCAAUUACAAACAACAAGAGUCAACAUUCUAAUUUCUUUGGUCUAAGAGAAUUUUCGACUACAACUCCACAAACUCCACAAACUCCACAAACUCCACACGAGGAAAAACAACAACAACAAAAAGAAUCGAAUGACAACAACAACAACAACAACGAUAACAAUCAACAAGAAGAAAAAACAAAAAAGAAAGAGUAG